UUUUUUUUGUUUUGUUUUUGAAAUAACUUUUAGGUAUUCAUUAACAGAGGAUUAUUCAUAAUUCUAUUGUCAAGGGAUGCUCGAAGAUAAAAGAAGAGGUGAAAGACGAGUAGUACGAGUAGCCUGGAGGGCAAGAGAAAUCGUGGAAUAAAAUUUCAUCGACGUCGUUCUUCAUCUAGUUUCGCUCUGAUGCCGGAUGCGUCAGUCGUUUUGGUUACCCGUGCUUCACAAUGCUUUGCCAUCGCACCUUCGUCAGCCUGCUGACUGUUUUAGGUGUACCAAUAGUAGUGAGGGGCCUUGAACCAGACUUCCUGUAUCCUCUGGAAAAUGUAACGAUCCCGCAGGGUCGAGACGCAACAUUCACUUGUGUAGUGAACAACCUAGGCGGAUACAGGGUGAGUCCUUCUUCCUACACCAGUGGAGAUCACAGUGGCGCCAAGACCACCCGGGUAGCUUGGAUAAAAGCGGACUCAAAAGCAGUACUGGCAAUCCACGAGCACGUUAUCACAAAUAAUGCCCGUCUAUCUGUCACCCACAAUGACUAUAAUACGUGGACUCUGCAUAUAAAAAAUGCUAAGCAAGAGGAUCGUGGACUUUACAUGUGCCAAGUUAAUACUGAUCCUAUGAAAAGCCAGAGCGCUUUCUUGGAAGUGGUCAUACCACCAGAUAUAAUAUCUGAAGAAACGUCCGGUGACAUGAUGGUCCCUGAAGGCAGUUCUGCUAAACUGACGUGUAAAGCUCGAGGUUACCCUAAGCCUGAAAUAAUAUGGCGACGAGAAGAUCGCGGUGAUAUUAUCGUCCGAGAUAUUAAUGGCGGAACUAAGACGAGACAAACUUCUGUCCAAGGUGAGAUAUUGAUUCUAACGAAGGUAACGAGAAGUGAAAUGGGGACUUACAUGUGUAUAGCAAGUAACGGAGUGCCGCCAUCGGUCAGUAAACAGAUGAUGUUGCAUGUCAACUUUCAUCCGAUGAUUCAGGUUCCAAACCAGUUAGUGGGUGCACCUGCAGGAACGAACGUCACGCUAAUUUGUCAAGUGGAAGCUUCUCCAAAGGCUAUCAACUAUUGGACUCGCGAAACCGGUGAAAUGAUAAUAACUAAUCACAAGUACACAAUGUCCGAAGAAAGGAUGUCUGAUUACAGUGUGCAAAUGCGGUUAAUUAUACGUAAUUUACAGAAAAGUGAUUUAGGUGGCUACAAAUGUAUUUCAAAAAAUUCAAUUGGAGAAGCUGAAAGUAAUAUACGGCUCUACGAUAUGGACUUAACCGAGCACUCGAGGAAAAACAACGAGGUGCCGAAUGAAGACGAUUCGAGUGAGUCACGCGAGCAUCAUGGACACAGGCUGAACCGCAUUUAUCAAGGAUCCCUUAGGGAAAGUGGUUCAACGCGGCGAACGCCCCUUGACACGGAAGAUGAUUAA